AAGACGCGCAAAGUGGUCUAGCGUUUUGAAAGUUGUUUAUCUACAUCUUGAAAUGCAAUUGCAAUAAUUAGUCGAUUAUAAGAUUAUUUGCUCCUCAAAGCAGCACACUCUGUAUUUUUCAUUUGUUGAUAUCUUCAACCUCCUUCCUUGUUGCUUCUACGUCAUUUUGAUUUCAUCUUGUGGAUACAGUCGAAGAUUACACAAAAAAUAACCAAAAAAAAGAUGUCCUUGUCAAGCAAAAUUUCCAAUUCCCCUAGUGUGUAUCGCGCUAAGUCCCGCGGUCCGUCUGUCCUCUCGCCGUCGUCAAGGGCUAAGCAGGUGCCAAGUCGUAGAGAAUCGCAUCGCCGUCUGGUGCAAGAAGCGCAAAAGCAGCUUGCUGGGCUGACAGGGGAAAAACGCGCAGAAAAACUCCGAGAAUUACAUCCGAGAGAAUGUUAUGAAGAUCAUGUUCGACGUAUACUUGUUUUGGGUCAAGAACGUUUUCCAUAAUUGUUAGUUUUUGUAUUCAUAUUCAUUGUGAGCACCUCAGCUACGUCCGAUCUUCUUCAUCUUUCCGCGACAUUAUGGUUGCUCUUCUAACCUCUGGCCAUUUUUCAGCAGAUCGACGUCAAUAGCGAUGGCUUCGUUUCAAGAGACGAGUUACGACUGAUGUGUCAAAAACUCGGAAUUCAUCCAGACGCGGCCAAGCCGAUGGCCUCAGCGUUGUGGAAUAGCAUUGUAGAGAGCAGGGAAGCCAAUAAAGAACAUGCUGUAGAGGUGGACACUGCUACCUCAACAAAGAAAGGCACUGGUCCUACCGACGAAGAAGCCGGCGCUUCUUUUGAGAGCAUGCUAGAGAUGUUUGCGGAGAUAUCAGCUGUUAGAAACAUGGCUAGGGAAAAGCAGUGGAGACGAACUAUGGGGAUAGGAGUGGCUGGAAACGUCGCUGGUCAUAUGGCAAUGGCUGGAGAAGCUAAUGCGGAUGCUCCGGCUGCUAAUGUACUUUCACUGAUCUCAAUCUUCAUCUGAUUUUUUUUAGAGGACAUAACGCGGCCAACUUGAUCUUGAUGUACAUGAUAGCCGUUUGACGAGGUAGAUCUAUUACCUCUAGAACCUCUUCUAAUUUGACCUUGAUUUUGCUUUGCAUCUUCAUCAAACUUUAUUUCGACUGUUGCAAAUCAAGGCAAUGUAUCUCCAAACUGAUGCAUCACUUGAUUUCGACUGUUGCUCAUCACGCACCUACAACAAUCAAACCAGACUCCUGCUGCGCUUUUUGCAUUUUAUCUUCCAGAAGUCUUUCAUGGUCGUCAUUCUCUGUUCGAAAGCGGACUAUCUCCUAGUACUAGCUACGAUUAUCUGCCAUCCUCAAGAACAUCGCCACCAACGACGCAAGAAGCUCCUAGUAGUUCGAGUGCGACAACGAGUCCUCCUGAAGAAGGAGAAGAAGAAGAUGCUGCACCAAAAAAGGGGUCAUUGAAAGUUAUGGGAGGUCACGACAUUAACAUUAUAUCAUUAACAGGUAUUGAUUCUCAUAAUUGUUAUCAUUCAUGAUCGAUCAUCAGUUCAUAAUUUCUUCUGUGUCUUCCUGCUCUCGUAAUUCUGGAGCUACUGAGUUGUAUCUUUCUAGAGUAGAGACAGGAGAUACUCUACUUGUACUUUUUUUCCAUGAUUAUAGUACCCUACUUGUACUCAACUUGUACUCUACUUGUACUCUACUUGUAAUCUACUUGUACUCAAUAUUUUGCUCGAGGACUAGCACAUCAAGAGGCCGCUUCUAAGGACCGCAAAAUGCUUCUAGAACUCGACGACUUCGAGGACACUACGGCAGAGCGCGUAGACAAACUGGAGGAAAUUAUGAAUGUGGAUACACAACCUUGCACCGAAGUCGAGCAAGCUAUGGACCGACUACACCGCUUUCCGGUGACAAACGCGGUGAUUGACUACCCACGAGAGGGGGGAAAAGUUCAGGUACUACUUCGAAAUUAGACGACUCAGCUUUUCAGAAGAUGUAUAAGAAGUAGUGCCAACAUGUUCUUGACCUACUACAGAAGUACCAACACAGGCAACGUGGUUUUACUUCAUCUCUUUUCAAUAUUCACAGGUUGAGCCAGAAGUCGCAUUAUAUUGCGACAUCUUGUACAAUACUGCGGUAACCAGUACAGUCCCCGACUCUGACAACCCACGUCAUCUUAUGAUGAAGAUUUGUCUGCUUUGGUCUUAGUUAUAGGUAUACUGCACUUCUCCAAGAUCCUCAGUUGUACAAAUACCUAGAUGGUUCGUUGUGAUACAAGAAUCACUUUCAACUUAGCAGUAUGAUUAAUACAGUUCUUUGACAUUGACUUUUCUUCUUUCGGUUUUUGUUUUUCUAGUUCGGUCUGCUCCACCAAGAACUACAUUAAUACAGAAGUUCCAUUGUGCAAUUGACUUGCAACAUUGACUUAUACAUCUCGUCUAAUCUCCGUCAAGUUUUUGUGGAACGCCUCGUUCCAAGAAAAAUUGCAGCCUUCAAUGACUGUUCGAUCCGACAGCUAGAUGGCAGUACCAAAUUAUCCGAAAAGAAGAACUGGGGCCACGGCUCAAAAGGUAUCAGUCUCGACUCUUUUCCACUCCUGAAUCCAGAAAAGGACUUCUCCCCGGAAGGCAUUGCUAGUCGGCUAGCUCUCACGAGUUACGUGAAACGAGAUGGAAAGGUCUUCCCCUACACGCAGAGUGCGCCAGCAAGGAACUUAUGAAAGGACGAAAAAGUGCGCUCACACUCAACGAAGUUGAUUAAGAGGAUUCAAGUAGGAAAGUAGCUCUAGGUUUCGUCGUGUUUUUUUGGCUCUUGAGUAGCCAAUGAAGCUUGCUAGUUUUCUCUGGCGGGCCCGCAGCUACUUCCUUGACGAGUGUGAGAGUGAGUGCACUUUUUCCUUUCAUAGAACUACUUGAGUUUUUACCAGCCUUUGCUUAACUGGAUACGCGAUCAAAUGAACCACCAGAGCAGCGUCGACAAGUGGGAGGACAUGAACCAAUUGUUGUUAUGGCGAUGCCGAUGGGCUUAUCCUUUUUAAAUCUAGUCCUACGUAGACGGACAAGAGGGAUUGGACAAGAUUGAUCACUUUUAUUCUAGUAGACUUCUUAAGUACUUUGAAAGAGCGUAAAUAUCAUCUAGAAGUAUGAGUUUCAUCUCUCGUAGUUUUUGGUUCAUCACCGUAAACAUGAUCGUGCAUCUACAACCAUUCAUCGUCCUCUUGUUCCUCUAAUUCCCGAAGCCUCCGACUAUCCCAUGAGUUGUUGGAUCGCGCUUGGCGCUGGAGAAUAUACCGACUGGGGAAUGAACAACUUUAUAAAACCGAAGGACGAAACCGUAGUCAUCGUGUAUGACGAAGCUAAGUUUCCGGAAGGACCUCAACCAGAUAGAGUGGCCCAACUCUUUGAAGAUCAUGGUCACGUCCAAGACAAAAGCCAAGGACUUGUCGCGUUGCAUCAGACGUUUGUGCAAGAAUAGUGGCGAGGAGAUGUUAAAAACAUGUUGUUCCAAGUUUGUAGGACACUCUCUGUAUUGAGGAAUAAGUGCAUCUGUACUGAAUAAGAAGCUCUUACUUAAAGCAUCUUGAGGACCACUAGGAACUAGACGAGUCCUCACUAUUUGGAUCCUACAGCUCAAGCCUCGAACAUAUCUUGUAACUGUACGUAUGGUAACCAUCGUGGUGGACAAUUAGAGUCGAUAUUUCUUGCUCAUCAACUUCAACACUGAUAAGAUGAAGAGCAUAUUCAUAUUUAUUGCUUAUUGAAAACUACAACACCUGUAUUUAAUUUAUACAAUGUUGGACGAGCAAAUAAAAUGCUUCUGCUCAUCAACAUCUACUUGAUUUUUUCUAUGUCUAAUCAGAACAGUAGGUAGAUACAUGUAUAUUCCUUCAAUAUUAACCAAUGAUAAUGAACUGCUACAAUGAUAAUGAAAACCAUGACUGCAUAGUACUAGACGAAGUGCCCACCUCACAUCCUCGUCGUACAGGCGGGGCUCUUCUUGUGAUCCCUGUUGUGUCGAUAGUUGUUAUGAUGAAGUGCCAUCAAAAAAUGUAAAUCUGUCAUCUCCCUCAAUCUUCGCGCGAAAUGAUACUAAUAUCCAUAUCGUCACGACCUGAAUGAUAGUUCUAAGAAACAAAGCACACAUGAUUAUGCAACAUCCAGAUGAAAAAGCGGUG